AGUUUCUUUAUUAUGACUGAAAAAUCCAGAAUAGAAAAAGUAAUUGAACAAAUAAACUCGAAAAAUGCAAAAAAAAUAGCACUGUCAUUGGUAAUAAUUUUUGCAUGUUACCACUCUCUUUUGCAUAUUCGUCAUGGUACGAACUCUUGUAAGUGGUUGUUAUCAGAUGGAAGAUACAAAGGUGAUCAAGAAUGGCAACCAUAUGGAUGUAUGCUCCAUCCUUACACUAAAGCUGAUACAAGGAAAUGUUUACGAUACAUAGCUUAUUAUGGAAAGCAUUCCCAUUUUGUUUUCAUAGGAGACUCAAGGAUAAGACAAUUAUACACUGCAUUUGUUGAUCAUUUACAACAAGAUGAUAUUGCAAUGAACAAACAUGAUAAAAAUCUGGAAACUAAUUUGACACAUGUUGACCCAAAAUUGAAAAUUAUUGUUGAAUUUAUCUGGUCCCCAUAUAUUUCUAAUAAGAUGGUUGAUAGUUUUAGAAAAUGGGAAAAAUCAAAGGAUCCUCCCUCGGUCAUAAUUGUUGGAUCUGGUCUCUGGGCUAUAAAGCAAUCAAAUUUAUCUAUGACAAAAGUAAAAAAUUACCAUCUGAAUUUAACAAGGCUUGUACAACCCAUUGAUAAUUUGUUUAAAAAAAAAUCAAAAACAUUAUGGGCACUUCAGGAGCCUGUUAAUCCAGAUAAACUGGCACCAGAAAAUCAGAUGAUAACAAAUGAACAAAUUGACUUGUAUAACAAAGAAGCAAUACAGGUUCUCACACAUUCUGAAGCAUUUUUAUGGUGGAGUGUGCGACUGGUUGGACAGGGAAUGAUAUCAGAGAGUCCAGAUGGCAUACACCUUGCAAGCAGGGCUCUUCGCCACGACACGCAAAUCUUACUUAACAUGUACUGUAAUGACUACAUGAAUUACAAUGAUGGUACUUGUUGUAGUUCAAUGGAAGGUCAUACCACACUACAAAUUGUUACUUUUGCGAUAUUGGCAUUAUGUGUGGUGACGGCGUUAGCAAUGCUACUUCAUAGGCUUAUUAAAAAAUGCCAGGGAAAUCCAGUCCAUGAAUAUUCGAUGCUGCCUGAGAACGACACGCAGAUGGCGAAUAAUCCCGAAAAUUGUUACACUUUAUUUAAGUCGAUAUCAAUUAUGGCUGUAAUAAUGGCGUAUUUUUUUAUCUGUGAUAGAACUAAUUUUUUUAUGAAAGAAAACAAAUAUUACUCAGAAUUCAGCUUUUGGCUUCCAAUUGGUUAUGUAACAGUAUUGGGUUUGUUUUUUACUGAAGAUAGUAAAUAUACGAAAGUUUUACAUCGUGAUCAAAUUAAUGAAUGGAAAGGUUGGAUGCAAAUAUUCAUUUUAGUAUAUCAUAUUACUGGUGCUAGUAGAAUUUUAAUCAUAAACAUGCACAUUAAAGUUUUAAUAUCAGCCUAUAUAUUUUUACUAUCAUAUGAGCAAUUUUGUUAUGCAUGGAGAAGGGGAGAUGUUGGGAUCGUAAAUUUUUUUAGGCAGCUGUUCCAGCUUAACUUAAUAACUGUGACUUUAUGUCUAUGUAUGAAUCGUCCAUAUCAGUUUUAUUAUUUUGUACCGUUGCUUUCGUUUUGGUACGUCGUCAAUUAUUGUUUUUUGGUGUUUCCCCCGCACAUUUCAGCACAAAGUUCCGAAAAUAAUAUGAUUCAAUAUUUUUAUUUAUUAAUCAAACUUAUUUGCUUGUGUACUAUAAUAACAAUUUUGUUUAUGUCUGAGGUGUUUUUCGAAAAAAUAUUUGUAACCAGACCGUGGAAAGCUUUGUUUGUAACAACUGAUGAUGAUAUUCAUGACUGGUGGUUCCGAUGGAAGCUCGACAGAUACUCUGUUUUAUAUGGAAUGUGUUUUGCUGUUCUGUUACAAUUAGCACACAGACAUUGCCUGUUUGACGACAACAACCACAGUAAUUUGUUUUCAAGGGGCAUUUCAUUGAGUUUAACACUGGCUAGCCUCCUCGGAAUCGGAAUUUACAUAACAGUCACAUUUUUAUGUAGCAACGAAUUUGAAUGCAGUGAAAUACAUUCCUACAUAGUUUUUCUACCAAUAAUCGGUUACAUUAUGUUAAGGAACAUAUCAGGUGUUCUCCGCACCCGCUACUCGACAUUAUUUGCCUGGUUCGGGGAAAUAUCUUUAGAAUUAUUCAUCAGUCAAUACCACAUAUGGCUUGCUGCAGAUACACACGGUGUUCUAGUACUUAUUCCCGGUUAUCCCGUUUUGAAUGUGAUAGUAACUUCGUUCAUUUUCAUCUGCGCCUCCCACGAAAUGCACAGAGUUACUAAAGUCUUGUUGCCGUAUGCGGUUCCCUCCGAUUGGAAGCUGGUUCUUCGUAAUUUUAUUCUUUUCUUAGCUAUAUUAGUGCCUAUUGGUAUUAAGGACGGCAUGUUUUAAGUGUGUGAUAUAAUUUAUAAACUAUAUUAAUUUAGAAUAAAAUAUUAAUUCACA